CUCCGCCGCCUCCAUGCCGCCCUACACCAUCGUCUACUUCCCGACCCGAGGGCGCUGCGAGGCACUGCGCAUGCUGCUGGCCGACCAGGACCAGAGCUGGAAGGAGGAGGUGGUCACCAAGGAGAGCUGGCUGCAGGGCCCACUCAAGGCCUCCUGCCUGUACGGGCAGCUCCCCAAGUUCCAGGAUGGAGACCUCACCCUGUACCAGUCCAAUGCCAUCCUGCGACACCUGGGCCGCUCCUUUGGGCUCUACGGCACAGACGAGCGGGAGGCGGCACUGGUGGACAUGGUGAACGACGGCCUGGAAGACCUCCGCAGGCGCUGCGGCCACCUCAUCCACCAUAAGCGCGAGGAGGACAAAGCCCAAUAUGUUCGGGAGCUGCCGGCGCACCUGAAGCCUUUCGAGACCCUGCUGUCCCAGAAUCAGGGGGGCCAGGCCUUCAUCGUGGGCGACCAGAUCUCCUUCGCCGACUACAACCUGCUGGACCUGCUGCUCAAUCAUCAGGUGCUGGUGCCCGGCUGCCUGGACCCCUUCCCCCUGCUCUCGGCCUACGUGGCCCGCCUCAGCGCCCGGCCCAAGCUCAAGGCCUUCCUGGCCUCCCCAGAGCAUGUGAACCGUCCCAUCUUUGGAAGCCGGAAAAUAUGAGCCCAGCCUCCCCCGGGAGAGGGGCUGCCCUUGAGACGAAU